AUGGCUUCAAUGCGUUCAUGUAUUGAACAACAAUUAAAUGAAAUUGAAUUAUUACGUUGUUGUUAUCCAUCAUCAGAUGAAUUCUAUCUUGAUGAUAUAGAAGCAUUUAAUGAAGCAAAAGAAUAUCUUGAUGGAAAAUCUGAUAAUCUUCAAAAAAAUCUUUGUUUUAUUCUUAAACUACAUUUAAAUGAUAUUAAGACAACUAUUGAACUUCAAUUUAUCUAUCCACUUCAUUAUCCUGAAUUACCUGUUGAUAUUCAUUUACGUACAUAUUUAUCACGUGAAUGUCAUGAAAAAUUUAAUGAAUCUGUAAAAAAAUUUCUUAAUGAUAAAACAUCAGAUCAAGAGCCUUAUAUAAUGGAAUUUUUAUCUUGGAUUCAAGAUCAUCAAGAUCUUUUUCUUGUCUCGAAUGAUACAACAAUGAAAACCACAAAUGAACAAAUAAUAAAGAAAAAAAAAUUCUCUCGUCUUUGGAUAUAUAGUCAUCAUAUAUAUAAUACAGAAAAACGAAAAAAUAUAGUUAAUUGGGCACAUGAAUUACAUUUAAAUGGUUUUUCAUUGCCUGGAAAACCAGGUAUCAUAUGUGUUGAAGGACAAGAAUCUGAUGUUGAUGAAUAUUGGACACGUUUACGUAAUUUAACAUGGAAACGAUUACAAAUGAAAGAAAAAGAAUAUUUAGGAGAUGUAAAUGAAAAUAAUUUACGUUUUAAUCAAUUUCAAGAACUUAAUUAUCUUCUUGACAAUACUGGUAAAGGAGAUUUUGGACAAUUUCAUCAAUAUUUACAAGAUAGACAGUUAGAAAAAAUGUUUAAUCUUUAUUUUGGUUUUGAUGGAACAGAUAAAAAAUAA